GCGCUUGCGCAGCGAACAGCUGUCACCCAGUGCGGAACAAGUCUCCCAAAUUUCCCAAAUCUCCUGGGGACAGAGGCCACCGUCUUCCUUCUCGUCGUCCUCCGCUAGGUCACGCCUGCGUCCCUGUCCGCGCGCCAGAGACUGCCCCAGCCAUCAUGGAGGUGGCCGAGGCCGAGAGCCCUCUGAACCCCAGCUGUAAGAUCAUGACCUUCAGACCCUCCAUGGAGGAGUUCAGGGACUUUAACAAAUGCCUCGCAUACAUGGAGUCUAAAGGAGCUCACCGAGCAGGCCUUGCAAAGGUGAUCCCUCCUAAGGAGUGGAAACCGAGGCAGUGCUACGAUGACAUUGACGAUUUGCUGAUCCCAGCGCCCAUCCAGCAGAUAGUGACAGGGCAGUCGGGACUCUUCACUCAGUACAACAUCCAGAAGAAAGCCAUGACUGUGAAGGAGUUCAGGCAGCUGGCCAACAGUGGCAAAUACUGUACUCCAAGAUACUUGGAUUAUGAAGAUUUGGAGCGCAAGUACUGGAAGAACUUAACUUUUGUGGCACCUAUCUAUGGCGCAGAUAUUAAUGGGAGCAUAUAUGAUGAGGGUGUGGAUGAAUGGAACAUAGCCCGCCUAAAUACAGUCUUGGAUGUUGUUGAGGAAGAGUGUGGUAUUUCAAUUGAGGGUGUGAAUACCCCUUACCUCUAUUUUGGCAUGUGGAAAACCACCUUCGCAUGGCACACGGAGGAUAUGGACCUCUACAGCAUUAACUAUCUCCACUUUGGAGAGCCCAAGUCUUGGUAUGCUAUACCUCCGGAGCAUGGAAAACGGCUUGAAAGACUAGCUCAAGGUUUUUUCCCAAGUAGCUCGCAAGGGUGCGAGGCAUUUCUCCGCCACAAGAUGACGUUGAUCUCUCCCUCUGUGCUGAAGAAGUACGGCAUCCCCUUCGACAAGAUCACCCAAGAGGCGGGAGAAUUUAUGAUCACUUUCCCAUAUGGCUACCAUGCUGGUUUUAAUCACGGUUUCAACUGUGCAGAGUCUACAAAUUUUGCCACUGUUAGAUGGAUUGACUAUGGAAAAGUUGCUAAAUUGUGCACCUGCAGGAAAGACAUGGUGAAGAUUUCAAUGGAUAUCUUCGUGAAGAAAUUUCAGCCAGACAGAUACCAGCUUUGGAAGCAAGGAAAGGAUAUCUACACCAUUGAUCACACGAAGCCUACUCCGGAAUCCACCCCUGAAGUCAAGGCAUGGCUGCAGAGGAGGAGGAAAGUCAGAAAAGUGCCCAAGAGCUUCCAGCGCACUAGAUCUCACCCUAAAAGGCCUAAAACUGAGGAGGAUGAGGAAGCGUCAGCUGUAGCCGAUGGGGAUGAGUUCCCCACCCCUGAACUAGCCACAGACCAGCUUAAGGUCAGUGAAAAGCCAGAAGCAGCAGUGAAGCUGGGGAACAUAGGAGCAGCUUCUGAGGAGGAGACCUUUGCUGACAGGAUGCAGCCGGAUCAGAACUUGUUGCAUAAUAUCAACCUCUCAGGGAACAGCUGCUCAAGCACAUCUAUAAUGGAGGAGAUGAAAACUGAGGAGGACGAGGCCUGUGCCACGGUUGCACCUUCCAACCCCGAGGAGGCCGAUGGUGCUGUCACGUUAUCGAGUGGCUGCGUGAAGUCUGAGGAAGCAGACCCUGCCAAGCUUUCAUGGCCAAGGUCGCCCGAGUCGUGCUCCUCAGUGGCAGACACUAAUGGUGUGUGGACAGAGGGAGAGGAGAGUGACCUGGAGAGCUGCGGGAGUGGCCUGGAGCCUGGGGAAGUCCCAGAGGUCCCCAGCGGAGAGAGAAAUGGCUUCAAAGUCCCCCAUAGAAUAGAAGCAGAGACCAAAACCGCUAAGAGUUGGCGCCAUCCGCUUAGUAAGCCUCCGGCAAGAUCCCCGAUGACACUCGUGAAGCAGCAGGCAGCCAGUGACGAAGAAUUGCCUGAGGUGCCCUCAACUGAGGAAGAAGUAGAAGAAACGGAGUCUUGGGCGAAGCCUCUGGUCCACAUUUGGCAGACGAAGUCCCCAAACUUCGUGGCUGAGCAAGAAUACAAUGCAGCCGUAGCCAGAAUGGCACCACACUGCGCUAUCUGUACUCUGCUCAUGCCCUACUACAAGCCAGACAGCAGCAAUGAAGAAAAUGAGUCUAGAUGGGAGACAAAAUUAGAUGAAGUGAUUACUUCGGGAGAAAAGACUAAGCCACUCAUUCCCGAGAUGUGUUUUAUUUAUAGCGAGGAAAAUAUAGAAUAUUCUCCACCCAAUGCCUUCCUUGAAGAAGAUGGAACAAGCCUUCUGAUUUCCUGUGCAAAGUGCUGUGUACGGGUUCAUGCAAGUUGUUAUGGUAUCCCUUCUCAUGAGGUCUGUGAUGGAUGGCUGUGUGCCCGGUGCAAAAGGAAUGCAUGGACAGCUGAGUGCUGUCUCUGCAACUUGAGAGGGGGUGCCCUUAAGCAAACUCAGAACAACAAGUGGGCCCAUGUCAUGUGUGCUGUUGCGGUCCCAGAAGUUCGAUUCACUAAUGUCCCAGAAAGGACACAGAUAGAUGUAGGCAGAAUCCCUUUACAGAGGUUAAAAUUGAAGUGCAUGUUCUGCAGACACCGCAUUAAGAAGGUCUCUGGAGCCUGCAUCCAGUGUUCCUACGGCCGCUGCCCAGCCUCCUUCCACGUCACGUGCGCCCACGCCGCUGGCGUGCUGAUGGAGCCCGAUGACUGGCCGUAUGUGGUGAACAUCACGUGCUUUCGACAUAAGGUCAACCCCAACGUGAAGUCCAAGGCUUGCGAGAAGGCCAUUGCAGUGGGCCAGACGGUCAUCACGAAGCAUCGGAACACCCGGUAUUACAGCUGCAGGGUGAUCGCCGUGACGUCACAAACUUUCUAUGAGGUCAUGUUCGACGACGGCUCCUUCAGCAGAGACACGUUUCCCGAAGAUAUUGUGAGCCGAGACUGCGUGAAGCUGGGUCCCCCGGCCGAGGGAGAAGUCGUCCAAGUCAAGUGGCCUGAUGGCAAACUCUACGGGGCAAAAUAUCUAGGCUCGAACAUUGCCCACAUGUACCAGGUUGAAUUUGAAGAUGGAUCCCAGAUAGCGAUGAAGAGAGAGGACAUCUACACCUUAGAUGAAGAGUUGCCCAAGAGAGUGAAGGCUCGUUUCUCUACAGCCUCUGAUAUGCGAUUUGAGGACACAUUUUAUGGAGCGGACAUAAUCCAAGGGGAGAAAAAGAGACAAAGAGUGCUGAGCUCCAGAUUUAAGAACGAAUACGUGGAUGACCCCGUAUACCGCACUUUCCUGAAGAGCUCUUUCCAGAAGAAGUGCCAGAAGAGACAAUAGUCCACAUGCAUUGCUGCAGGCUACGAGCUGGAGGAGGAGAGGUAACUAAGAAAGAGACACUAAGGCUCAGAGAGGUUAAGGAACUUGCCUAGAAUUACACAACUUUCUCAACCUAAGAAGAAAAGGAGGAUCUUAAAUCUGACCAAAGACAUUGGAUAGGUGAGUCCUGAAGCUCCAAAGAAAGGUUAGCACUAGAGGUAUAAAUGUGGAAGGCAAUACCUUUAUUGGAAGAUGUUAGAAAAAUACAUGAGAGGUACAUUGGAGAAAAGGUAAAACUGUAGGGACAGAAAACAGAGCAGCAAUUGCCAGAGGCUGGAGGUAGGGGGAGGCGAUUGGCAACAAACAGCUAUGAGGGAACUUUUUGUUCUUGAUUGUGAUCAAAAUGUGGGAAGAUUUAUAGAGCUACACACUAAAAUGAGUGGAUUUUACUAUAUGUAAAUUAUAUCUAAAUUACCAUGACUUUGAAAAGAGCAAACCAGGGGGUGGAGGGGAGAUCACUGAGAGAGAAUACGACACAUAAGAGCAGUGGGCAGAGAUGAGAACCCUAGGGAACAGCUAAGUUGUUAAAUAGCUCAUGUUUAACAGGUAGAAAAAGAGGAGCCUAUGAGUGGGGGAUGAGAAGGGCAGAGAGGUGGGAAAACAGGAUGCUGUGAUGUCACGGAUGUCAAGGGAGAAGUAUGUCAAAAAGGAGGAGUGGUCCACAGAUAAAAUACUGCAGAGUCCAAGGAAGAUCAUGUAACCGGUGAUUAGGAGGCCAAUAGUGAUCGUGGUGAG